AAUAUGCUCAAUUUUACGACGCGUAGCCCUGAGAUCACUGAAAAAAAACUGAACACCUAAUACAACCACCAGGGGAUCAAAGACUUUAUCAUUAAUCACCAUAUACUUUGAGUUAGUAUCAAUAAUUUGUUGAGUAAGCAUAGAAGCAAUCUCAUCAGUAUAUUGAAUUGUUAACUUUGGAUUGUUUGGAUUGUCAAUAAGGAAGAUGAAAUCUAUUUCAUUUGUUGGGAUAAGUACUAUCCUUUUAUUAGCCUUUAUUCAAUGUGUUUCUGCUCAUAAUGUAUUAUUGGCACCAUAUGGUAAACAAUGUUUCUUUGAAAAUUUGAAAAAGAAUGAUGAAUUAGCCAUUAGUUUCCAAGUUGGAAGUAGAGACCCUCAUAAUUCCGAACAAUAUAAUAUUGAUUUUCAUAUUCUUUCACCUUCAGGUCAAGUCUUAUUAAAGAAACAAGAACUUGAUCAUGGUGAUGAAAGUGUAAAAGCUCCAACUAAUGGGAAAUAUGUUUAUUGUUUUUCUAAUGAAAGAAGUAAUAGAGUUGAUGUUGAUGUUUCAUUCAAUAUUCAUGGAGUUAUUUAUGUUGAUAUUAAUGAUCCAAAGUCAGAUACUUUAGAUUAUGCCAUUCAAAGAUUAAGUCAAUUAACCAAUGAUGUUAAAGCAGAACAAGGUUAUUUGGUUAUUAGAGAAAGAACUCAUAGAAAUACUGCUGAAUCUACAAAUUCAAGAGUUAAAUGGUGGUCUGUUUUCCAAAUAAUUGUUGUAGCUGCUAAUUCUAUUUUCCAAAUUUAUUAUUUAAAGAGAUUCUUUGAAGUUAAAUCAGUCGUUUAAAUUCAGCGAUUUUAAUUUUACUUUAAUAGCUGAAAAAUCUUUUGCAUAAAAAUGUAUAGUAUACUCUCAUCAUCUUAUAAAUAAAAAAUAUAGUAAUUAUGAAUCAAUCACUAAUAUAUAUUACUUAAAUUCGAACUCAUGAUUAUUAUGUA